UAGACUUUAUCAAUGAGCCUGUAUUUAUGACGAUCACAUCUAGACCACCUACAUUCAAAUUUUCAUCAAGUGAAGGUCACUUGCUCUGUUUAUCAAUCCUUGCGAAAAUGUCGUUACCGUAUGAACCACAUGACUACCAGCUUGAAGGUGUAUGCAAAGCAUUGGAUGGCAUCGACAUCUUGGCUGUGAUGCCUGCGGGAUCCAGCAAGACUGGCUUUCUCACUAUGUACAUGCUUGUGAUGCAAGCAAUCGCGUCGGACCCUUCUUUGUGUCCACAAAGGUGCAUGAAGAAGUGAGCACUCAUGAUCGUUGUCUGCCCAACGAAGGCCCUUGAACAUGACAUGGAGUGCAAGUUGAAGUUGAUCAGCUUGUCAGUGCUGGUAAUCAACGGCGAUACGGUCGAUGAAGCUCGGCGAAGCAGUACCGAUAUUUGGAUGACAGCACGCUCAGACAUAUCAGUUCUUUUGCUUGCACCUGAGCAACUGAAGUCAUCCGAAUUCGGACACCUUCUCACUGAUAAAGAAUUUCAGCUAUGUGUUGUAGCAUUCGCAGUCGAUGAAAGCCACCUUCUAGACACAUGGGGUGCCUCGUUUCGGCCUGCAUUCAAGCAUAUCAGCGAUAUUCAUAUGCGCCUACCCCAAACACCCGUCAUGAUUGCAUUGACGGCCACCCUGCAUGUCGGCACUCAUACAUCGAAUGUUUGCCACUUCCUCGGCCUCAGCGACCCAUACCAUCUCAUACGGCAUUCGAAUGCACGCUUUGACCUGCAAUUCAUCUUCCGCACGAUGUCCUCAAGCCCACGCUCUCUUAAAUUUACAGAACUCGACUGGGUACUCGAAGAUGGACGCUGUGUCAUUAUCUUCUGUACGACGAUCUCCCUGGGCUUUCGUGUAACGACGUACUUGUGGCGGCGCACGUACGAACUUCGCGAUCGACGUAAACGCAUCCGUAUGUACAACUCCCUCAAUUUUUGGGAGCAAAACCAUGCAGUUGGGACAGUAAAAACAAGUUGUUUCCUGAGGCGGCUGUAGACAAUACAUAGUGGUAGCUCGUAGAAUUCUCUCAAGUGUUUUCAGCCACUUUUGCAGCCACCGGCAUCGACCCGGCAAGCCUGGCGAUCACCCGGCAUCUGGGCGCUUACCCUUAAUGAACUGCAACGGUACGAGGGGCGCGUAUUGAAGCAGACCUUUAUACGGGUCGUCCCUCCCUCCCUUAUUAGACCCGUCAUUGGUCUGCGUACCGGAGACUAAUUGCAUGCCGGAAACAUGCAAAAAAAAACAUAAGUAUUUAUGACAAAAUUCACUUGAUAAGACAGACACGAGCCGCGGCGCAGUGCGAGCUCGUUGUGAAGGUCGUUCAAGAGCCUUGUUCCAUGUGUU